UAGUAAUAACACACAUAUAAUAUAAAAUAAUUAAAUUACUUUCGGAGGAGAUAGAGUUGAGAAGAGAAGGAUUUGAUUUUACAUUCUUCUGAUCCCGAAACUCUGCAACCCUAAUAAGUGAAUGCCCAUCAUUGCGUUCGUCAUUCUUAUUUCUCCCGCUGUUGAUUUCAUUCUGUGUAUGUAUAUAUAUAUAUAUAUAUAUAUAUUAUAUGUUUGUAAACGUCGUCUCAGCUGCUGUUUCUUCACGAAUCGUUGGCUUUGAUUGGAUCCUCAGACUCAGAGUCAAAUCAAGUACUUCAAAGGCAUUGGCAUUGGUAUUGUAGAGGGAGGAUAUUGAUGGGUAUUUCCAUCUCACUUUCUUCAACUGAGUUUUUAUAAAGAAAGUUGACGGUACAAAUGCCAGGAAGCGCAGAAUGGAGAGAGAAUGAGAAUGCGAUGGCAGUUCGAGAAGUCUGCGCAAAUGGGCUUUGUAUGAAAACUGCUGAAGUCGAAGCAAAACUUGAUGAUGGAAAUAUUAAUGAGGCUGAAUCUUCAUUACGUGAGGGCUUAUCGCUCAAUUUUGAGGAAGCACGGGCACUGCUUGGAAGGUUGGAAUAUCAAAGAGGUAAUGUUGAAAGUGCUCUUCGUGUGUUUGACGGUAUUGAUCUUCAAGCUGCUAUUCAGAGAUUGCAACCUCUGGGUGAAAAACAGCCUUCUAAGAAGGGUCGUUCUCGCACUGAGUCUAUGCACGUGGUCUCACAGCGCACUGCUAGCCUGGUGCUUGAGGCCAUAUAUUUGAAAUCUAAGUCUCUUCAAAAGCUUGGGAGAUUAACUGAGGCUGCCCAUGAGUGUAAAAAUGUGCUUGAUGCGGUGGAGAAGAUAUUCUAUAACGGCAUACCUGAUAUGCUAGUAGACAAUAAGUUGCAAGAGACAGUUAGCCAUGCUGUGGAGCUCCUUCCAGAGCUCUGGAAGCAGGCUGGUCAUUAUCAUGAAGCAAUGUCUGCUUAUCGACGUGCACUCCUUAGUCAAUGGAACCUUGAGAAUGACUGCUGUGCAAGUAUUCAGAAGAGGUUUGCAGUGUUCUUGCUAUACAGUGGAGUGGAAGCUGGCCCACCCAGUUUAGCUGUUCAAAUUGAUGGCUCAUAUGUACCUAGAAACAAUCUGGAAGAGGCAAUACUACUUUUGAUGAUUCUCAUGAGAAAAGUUUGCCUUGGUAAGAGCAAAUGGGAUCAAUCCGUAAUGGAGCACCUUACAUUUGCUCUAUCUCUGUGCAGCCAGACUUCUGUUUUAGCAAGACAACUUGAAGAGGUCAUGCCUGGAAUAUUCCAUCGUGUUGACCGUUGGAAAUCAUUGGCACUUUGCUAUAGUGGAGCAGGACAAAACAAAGCUGCCUUGAACCUAUUGAGGAAGUCUCUUCACAAACAUGAAAAACCAGAUGAUCUUAUGUCAUUGUUGUUGGCUUCCAGAAUCUGCAGUGAGGAUGCCCAUCUUGGUGCUGAGGGAGUGGGAUAUGCACAGCGGGCAAUCACGAAUGCUCGGGGGGUAAACGAACAUUUGAAGGGUGUUGGUCUUCGCAUGUUAGGUCUUUGUUUGGGAAAGCAAGCCAAAGUUUCUUCUUCAGACUUUGAGAGGUCUCGUCUUCAAUCUAAUUCGUUGAAAUCACUAGAUGAGGCAAUUGCUCUUGAGCGAGACAACUCUGAUCUGGUUUUCGAGUUGGGAGUUCAAUAUGCAGAGCAUCGAAAUCUAAAUGCAGCUUUGCAGUAUUCCAAGCAGUUUAUUGAUGCAACGGGUGGAUCAAUACUUAAAGGUUGGAGAUUGCUUGCUUUGGUAUUGUCUGCUCAGCAGCGUUUUCCAGAGGCUGAAGUGGUCACAGAUGCUGCUUUAGACGAGACUGCAAAAUGGGAGCAAGGACCACUGCUUAGGAUGAAAGCAAAGCUGAAAAUUUCCCAGUCAUUACACAUGGAUGCCAUUGAAACUUACCGUUACCUCCUUGCCUUGGUUCAAGCCCAAAAGAAAUCUUUUGGGCCUCUAAGGAUUCCACCUCAGGUCGAGGAUGAUAAAGUCAAUGAAUUUGAAGUUUGGUAUGGUCUUGCAAAUCUGUACGCCAGCCUUUCACACUGGAAGGAUACGGAAAUAUGCUUGGGAAAAGCUAGAGCUCUCAUAGAGUACUCUCCAGAAACACUGCAUACAGAAGGUGUUAUGUGGGAACGACAGGGACAAAUGCAGGAGGCUUUGACGGCUUAUAGUAAUGCUAUUUUAUUGGAAUCGGAUUACGUGCCUUGCAAGAUCUUGGUCGGUGCUAUUUUGUCAAAGAUGGGCUCAAAAGCAUUGCCAGUGGCAAGAAGCUUACUCUCAGAUGCACUGAGGAUAGAACCUACAAAUCGUAUGGCUUGGUAUUACUUAGGAUUGGUUCACAGGGACGAUGGACGGAUUGCUGAUGCUACAGACUGCUUCCAGGCUGCCUCUAUGCUUGAAGAAUCUGAUCCCGUUGAAAGCUUCAGCUCAAUUAUUUGACCGGCUCACAUCAAAGGUUCAAGUCUUCUUUCUAUUUAAGUUCUUUUUUCCAGCUUAGUGUACACAUUUGAAAUAGCUGGCAUCCUUGGGGAGCAAUGCUUGUGGUUAUGGAGAGUUUAGGGGUAUAUGCUCCAUGUGGUAAUUCGGGGAAUUUUUUAAUUUAUUUUUUAAAUUUUUUGUAGUUUUGUCCUGUAUUCAAUCCUAUUAAUAAGAGAGAAUGACUAUUGAACAUGAUCUAGAACAUAGAGUAGAAAAGGACAGACAUGAAAAUUUAAGUUGUUGAUUUGAUUAUAGGAUUAGGAAGUCUGUAAGUCAUGAAUUUGAUUGUAUGAUGGAUGUAUGUAUAGUAGAAAGUUUAUGCUGGUGCAGGUUUUCUGAAAA